AUGGCUCCAAAAAGCUCUCUGACCCCCCCGCCGGUAACCGACAGCGACCGCCGUGACAGUAAAGGCGUUGUCCGGAUUUUCCAUCCCGCGUACCCGCAAACUGUCCCGCUCCUCCAGCUGGGCGCGUUCGAACCCGGCGGCGGCAUCGAUUUCGAUUUCGCCUGGACCGCCUGCUGUAUCGUUACCGGCAAUACCUUUGCCAUCGGUUGGCUGGCGAAGAAGGUGUCUGGCGCUUUUGAUCGCAUCGCUCGUCCUGACGACGGCAUUCUCCGCGACCCAGCCGUUUUUUUUUGCGUCGGAGACGAUGCCAACAGCAAAUACCCCGUCGUUCCGACCUUCGACCACUGGGAGUUCCCGCACGACAAGCUGCUUGCACCUUGGAACAAUCUCCACAUCGAGCCAUACAUGCCACCGAACACAUCGAUCCUUACGCCGACGGACGGCAAAAUGGCUGUCGCGUACCGCGACGUUAGGUCCGCAAUUGCCAUUAAUGAUUUGGAAAACCUUAUCCUAAUCCGCCGCGACCUCCACCACCUCCUCGACACGCGCCGCUUGUUCUUCAACGCCAAAGCUACUUCCCCAUUUAACACAACGCCCAUGGCUUGCCUAACCGUGCAAGUUCCGGGCAUGCGGUCAUCUGCCGAUCUCGUUGCCCUAUACCACAACCGCGCCCUGCAACCAUCGAUGCGCGGCCUCUCCGUCGAGUUCCUAUUCGCGCGUCUGGCCUGGACUCUUUUCACGGACGCAUACAUGCCCUUUUUCACCGACUACCAGUCCGCCUAUACCACGCUGCUGUUGGACCCGGACGAUAAGAUCUACAGGGUUCAUGAAAAUAUGUCGGGCGAAAAUGUUAGGCAACGGGCUUCGGUGUUCCCUGCUUUCACAGCGCGGAGCAUGAGUCCCAAAAAGAGGUCGCGAGGCCCCGAGGAGGACGACGGCGAUACGGAGGAGGACGACGGCGAUACGGAAGAGGACGACGACGAUACGGAGGAGGACAUGCCUCGGAGGGGCCGGACAAUGAUGCGCACGUACCAUAUCCAACGUGACCUGCAACCCCCCGUUGGGCGCCCCGCCCAGAUGCCUGGUUGCAAGUCACACUUUGACGGGCCGCCCAUGAAGAAGCGGCAACUAGCGAGCCCCGUUUGGCCGCCGGGCUCGUCGUAA